GAGAGAGAGAGCGAGCGCGAGCGUACGUGCGCGCGACAGCGAAAAGUUGCGAGUUCUCUCAGAGAGCUGCUGCUUCAUGGACGGAAGAAAAAAGUUUAAAAAAAUCUGCGUUUGGAUGGAUUUACGCGCUCGAAACGGACACUCUGAGAACGAAUGAGGGGUUCGGAACCAGUUUAUAACAUUUUCAUGCAGAAAAGGUGAAGAUUAGGUGCUUUUAAAAACAAAUUUAGUCAGUCAGACGUUAGUCCUUGAGGUAAGGCUCGCCUCGCGCGCGAGACGCUUAUGAGGAUUUCUUACAGAGAAACAUGGGCCGAUUUCCCGGUGUCUUCUCGGGCAACGUCAUUCUAAUCAUCGUUUCCUGGACUCAUCUUUCACACGCUCUGCAGUGCGUGGACCAUGUGAAUCCGUGUGUGAACAAUGCGAGCUGCAUCACCUACGCCAACGGAACGGGGUACUGCAGGUGUCCUCCAGGUUACCUGGGUGAGUACUGCCAUCAUAAGGAUCCGUGUCAGCCGAGGUACUGUUUGAACGGUGGGAGCUGUGUGAGCAGUGGGCCGCCCAGUGCCCCUUCGUGUUUGUGUCCUCUGGGGUACAGCGGCCCUCUGUGUGAAAAACAGGACAACUCGUCAUGUUACCCCAACAACCCCUGCCGCCAUGGGGGAACCUGCUCGCUCCUGCACAAUGACCAGUACACCUGCCAGUGUGCUUCUAAAUGGACAGGUACACAGUGUGAGCAAGAGGACAGCUGCACCUCCUCUUCGUGUUUCAACGGAGGAGCCUGUACGUCUCUUCCCAAUAAGACUUUCUCCUGCACGUGUCCUCCGGGCUACGACGGGUCGCGCUGCCAGAACGAUGUGGACGAGUGCGCGAGGGAGCCGGCUCUGUGCCUUAACGGAGGAACGUGCAUUAACGUUCCAGGCUUGUACCGGUGUAACUGCCCCCCGAGGUAUACGGGGCCCAAGUGCGAAACGUCAUACGUCCCCUGUUCUCCAUCACCAUGCAUGAACGGCGGAACCUGCAGACAGACGUCUGACACCAGCUACUCGUGCCACUGUCUUCCAGGUUUUAGCGGCACAAACUGUGAGAUGAACAUCGACGACUGUCCGGAUCAUCAGUGCCAGAACGGAGGAACCUGCAUGGACGGUGUCAACACCUACAACUGCCAGUGUCCUCCCGAGUGGACUGGUCAGUUUUGCACAGACGACGUGGACGAGUGUCGCCUGCAGCCCAACACCUGUCAGAACGGAGGCACGUGCAGCAACACGCCCGGCGGCUACACCUGCGUGUGCGUGAAUGGCUGGAGCGGCCCAGACUGCUCUGAGAACAUUGAUGACUGCGCCGCUAGACCCUGCUCGGCUGGGUCCACCUGCAUCGACCGCGUAGCGUCCUUCUUCUGCAGCUGCCCCUUCGGCAAAACCGGUUUGUUGUGUCACAUUGAUGAUGCCUGCAUAAGUAACCCGUGCAGGGAGGGCUCCCAGUGCGACACCAAUCCCGUAAAUGGCAAAUUCAACUGCAACUGCCCUUUUGGAUACAAGGGCAACACAUGCAAUGACGAUGUCAACGAGUGCACCAUUGGGCCAAACCCGUGCGAACACGGUGGCACGUGCGAGAAUACGGCAGGCUCGUUCACUUGUAACUGCGCACGUGGAUAUUCGGGUCCCCGGUGCGAGCAGGACGUCAACGAGUGCGGCUCGAACCCCUGUCUGAACGACGCCACGUGUCUGGACCAGAUCGGUGAUUACACCUGCAUCUGCAUGCCAGGUUUUGUGGGUGUCCACUGUGAAAUUGAAGUGGACGAGUGCGCCAGUUCACCCUGCCUCAACAACGGAAAGUGUCAAGAUCAGAUCAGCCGCUUCGUCUGCGAGUGUCCUCCAGGUUUCACAGGAGAUACGUGCCAGAUUGACACUGACGAGUGUGCGAGCACGCCAUGCCAAAAUGGAGCCAAAUGCAUCGAUCAGCCCAAUGGCUACGAGUGCGAGUGUGCUGAAGGUUUCACUGGACGCCUGUGUUCGGAGAACAUCGACGACUGUAACCCAAAGCCGUGUCACCACGGCGUGUGUAAGGACGGCAUCGCUAUGUUCACCUGUGAGUGUGAGCUGGGGUGGAUGGGGCAGAUCUGCAACCAGCAAUUUAACGAGUGUACAAGUGACCCGUGCCAGAAUGGAGGGCGCUGCCUUGACCGCGUCAACAAUUACCAGUGCAUCUGUCAGCCCGGAACCUCCGGUGUGAACUGUGAGAACAACUAUAACGACUGCAUCAGUAACCCGUGUCAGCACGGUGUGUGUGAGGACGGAAUUAACAAGUACAAGUGUGUGUGCGAUCCUGGAUAUACAGGUGAGCGGUGCAGCAAGGAGAUAGACGAGUGCAGUUCGAACCCGUGUCUCAGCGGAGGGACGUGUGUGGAUAAAGUCAACGGGUUCGAGUGUCAGUGUCCAGCUGGGACUCACGGCCUGCUGUGUCACUCCGGGGCCGAUCACUGCGCCCCUCAACCCUGUCACCACGGGAGAUGCGAGGAGGUCCAGAACGGGUACCGUUGUGUGUGUGUGCCUGGGUAUGAGGGUCAGAACUGCGAUCAGGAGAAGAACGAGUGCGAGUCCAGCCCCUGUCAGAACGGAGGACGCUGUAAAAACGCUGUGAACAGCUACACAUGCAGUUGUCUGCUGGGAUACACUGGUGUGAAUUGUGAGAUAAACAUUAACGAGUGUCAGUCGAACCCCUGUGAGAACAAGGGCAACUGCAUCGAUGGAGUUAACAGCUACACCUGUAACUGCCCUCUGCCGUACACAGGGAGACACUGCGAGGAGGAAUUAAUGCCGUGUGCGUCUCAGCCAUGUCAGAGAGGAGGUGUGUGUCGGCCCUCACCGGAUUACACCUCCUUUACCUGCAAGUGUCCUACUGGGUGGAAAGGAGCCCAGUGUACGGAGGACGUGGAUGAGUGUAAGAAGAAGCCGUGUUUGAACGGCGCUCGCUGUCAUAACACUCAGGGCAGCUACUUGUGUAGUUGCCAGCCCGGGUACAGCGGCGUUAACUGUCAGACCAACAUCGAUGACUGCAGCUCCAACCCCUGUAUCAACGGAGGCUCAUGCGUGGACAAAGUGGGCCGCUUCUCGUGUGAGUGCAGGCCCGGUUUCUACGGCGAGCGAUGUGAGGAGGAGGUGAAUGAGUGCGAGAGCUCCCCUUGCAGGCACGAAGGAACUUGCACAGACUUUGUCAACAGCUACACGUGCCAGUGUCAACCUGGUUACGACGGCAUCAACUGCGAACGCAACAUCCCCGAAUGCACCGAGACCUCCUGUCUGAAUAAUGGCACGUGCGUGGACGGCAUAAACCGCUUCUCCUGUCGGUGUCAUCCUGGAUUCACCGGCUCGUUCUGCCAGUACGAGAUUAACGAGUGUGAGUCGCAGCCGUGUAAAAACGGAGGCACCUGCGUAGACGGCCUCGGAACGUUCCGCUGCAUCUGUCCUAUGGAGUACACGGGACGAUUCUGCCAGUCAAUGGAGAAUCUAUGCAAGAACAUCCAGUGUAAGAACGGUGGCGAGUGUGUCCAGCAGGAGACGACAUGGCGCUGUCGGUGUCCACAGGACUGGAGCGGGCUUUACUGUGACAUCCCUAACCUCUCGUGCCAAAACGCAGCUGAAAAGAAAGGUGUCCUAGUGGAGCGUUUGUGUAUGAAUGGCGGAGUGUGUGUAAACAAGGAUAACACACACUCCUGCUCGUGUCAGGUGGGCUGGACGGGCAGCUACUGUGAGAUCGGGAUCGACGAGUGUUUGUCCAAUCCCUGCAGGAACGGAGGGACGUGUGUGGACUACCAGGCAGAAUAUGACUGCCAGUGUAAGCCUGGUUAUCAGGGAGUAAACUGCGAGUAUGAUGUAAACGAGUGUCUGUCGAACCCGUGUCGUAACGGAGGCAGCUGCAUCAACCUGGAGAAUCAGUUCUACUGCGCCUGCCCACCUGGAACCAAAGGUGUGCGGUGCGAGGUGGACGUCGACGAGUGUUCCACCGAGUAUGGCUCGCCCUGUCUGAACGGCGGUCGCUGCAUGGACGGUAUCGGUCACUACAAGUGCACGUGUCCUCCAGGUUUUACCGGUGAUCACUGCGAAGGCGACAUUAACGAGUGCAGCUCAUCUCCGUGCAACAAACUCGGCAGCAUCGACUGUGUCCAGCUCGCCAACGACUACCAGUGUCGCUGUCGCCUCGGUUACACCGGUCGUCAUUGUGAGUCGAUGGUUGAUCUUUGUCAGUCGAAACCGUGCCACAACGGGGGCAAGUGCUAUAUGAACACGAGCUCAGUCCAUGGGUACACCUGCACCUGUCCACCUGGCCAUACGGGUUCUAACUGCGGUGAUAUCGAGAUCUACACUUGUGCCAACCUGCGAUGUCAGAAUGGCGGAUGGUGCCGGUUGUCCUCACUCCGCCAGCCUGAGUGCGUCUGCCCAUCUGGCUUCUCCGGUGCGCUGUGCGAAAACCAAAAUCCACCCUGCUCGUGCCAAAACGGCGGCGUAUGCGUGAAAGGUCCGCACAAAUCCAACUCGUUCUUUUGCCACUGCCUGGCUGGCUACAGCGGAGAGCACUGCCAGAUCAGAGACAGGACUGCGUCCUGCCCUUACGUGGAGUGUCGGGAACGCCGUGGCGACAGGGUGUGUGACCCACAGUGUAAAAACGCAGAGUGCGACUGGGACGGAGGAGACUGCACUCUGCACCGGCUCCGCCCGUGGGAGAACUGCACAGCCUCUGUACCGUGCUGGGAGUACUUUCGUAAUGGACGCUGCGACCCAGAGUGCAAUAACGCAGUCUGCCUCUUCGACAGCUUCGAGUGCCCGAAGACCUCGCCGUCCACGCCUAGCGUGUGCAAGUAUGACCUGUACUGUCGUGACCACUAUCAGAACGGCUACUGUAACGAGGGCUGUAACAACGAGGCGUGCGGCUGGGACGGCUUAGACUGCUCCACCGACAAGCCGGCUCAGCUGGCGGACGGCACGCUGAUCAUCGUGGUGCUGCUGCAGCCCACAGAACUUCUCGGAGAUAUAAACGGCUUCCUGCGCUCUCUGGGCAUGUUGCUUCACACCAACCUGCGCGUCAAGCACGACGAUCAGCAGCAGCCCAUGGUCUAUCCGUAUUACGGCCCCGACCACAACAACGCGCACGUCGACUCCGCCGGCGCCAAGCGAAUCGGCAAAAGGGAGCUGAAGAAUGAGGUCAUCGGGUCGAAGGUGUAUCUGGAGAUCGAUAACCGUCAGUGCGCUGAGACGACGCCCAGUGAAUGUUUCGCCAGCACCGACCAGGCCGCCUCGUACAUCGCAGCCGAGUCCCUCAAGGACGAGCUGCAUUAUCCCAUCGUCUCUGUGGAUAGUCUUCCAUCUUAUCCACCGGAUAAAAAUCCUCUCCUCUACCUGGUCGCUGUGGCAGGUGGCAUCAUCCUGCUUAUCCUGAUUUUGGGCGUUUUGAUUGCCAAACGUAAACGCAAGCACGGCAUCCUCUGGAUGCCAGACGGAUUCCUGGCCAAGAAGGACAGCAAGCGGAGAGAACCAGUAGGCCAGGAUGACUUCGGCAUGAAGAAUCUUCAGAAGUCACAGGUUGAAGGACUGAUUGACGGCAGUGCUGGACAUCACUGGCCGGAGGAGGAGCAUCGGCCAAAGAAGCCAAGGUUGGAAGACAAGCCGUUGUUGGGAGUGGAUGCAGGAGUGGAUCGCAGAGAGUGGACUCUGCAGCACCACAAAGCUGCUGAUAUCACCCUUACCCCACCUCAGGCUGAUAUCGACAUGGACUGUCUGGACGUUAACGUGAAAGGACCUGACGGUUUCACUCCUCUGAUGCUGGCGUCUCUGCGGGGUGGCAGCAGUCCCGAGUGUGUUAGCGUCUUAGCCGAAGAGGAGGAGGAGAGCGGAGUCGAUGAGCCUGGCACAAACAUGAUCAGUGACCUGAUCUCUCAGGGUGCCACACUCAACGCACAGACGGAGCGCACAGGCGAGACUGCUCUUCACCUGGCCGCCCGCUACGCCCGCGCCGACGCCGCCAAGAGGCUGCUGGACGCCGGCGCCGACCCCAACGCUCACGACAACUUGGGUCGAACACCUCUGCACGCUGCCAUUGCCGCCGACGCACAGGGAGUGUUUCAGAUCCUGAUACGUAACCGUGCCACGGAGCUGGAUGCGAGGAUGAACGAUGGAACGACUCCUUUAAUUCUGGCAGCUAGGUUGGCCGUCGAGGGCAUGGUGGAGGAGCUGGUGCACUGCCACGCCGAUGUAAACGCCGUGGACGAUCACGGUAAAUCUGCUCUGCAUUGGGCUGCUGCCGUGAACAACGUCGAGGCCACACUGGUGCUCCUGAAGAACGGCGCCAAUCGAGACAUGCAGAACAACAAGGAGGAGACUCCGCUGUUCCUGGCGGCACGUGAAGGCAGUUUCGAGGCAGCUCAGGUUCUCCUGGAUCACUACUCCAACCGUGACAUCACCGAUCAUCUGGACCGGUUGCCACGUGACACAGCACAGGAACGGAUGCACCACGAUAUCGUUCGCCUGCUCGACCAGUACAAUCUCGUGCACAGCCCGCAUUCUGGACCGAACCAUGUUGGAAACGGUGGGGGUGGACACCCCUCCAUGGUGUGCCCUGGUAACGGGGUCAUGGGCAUGCGACCGGGGCAGCAGAACAAGAAGAACCGGCGUAGCGGUGGUGGCGCCGCCAAAGUCGGUGGCCCUAAUGGCCCUGGGGGUGGAGUCAAAGAUCUGAAAGAGAUGAAGACAAAGAGGAGGAAGAAACCAACCGGAGGAGAAGCGACAGGAUUGGCGGCUACAUCCAGUGGUACCAUGGUAACCUCAACCGUGACUGCUAACACUAACGGCACCAAAGGAACAGCAGGAACACCAGGCACGGGUGUACCUGAAAGCUCGGUCACGAUGUCGCCGGUGGAUUCGCUAGAAUCGCCACAUUCAUACACGACGGAUGUGGCAGGAGCUGCUACCAUGGCAAAAUCCCCUCCGCUGAUGACCACCGCCUCAACCCGCCCCCUCCUGCCCCCUGUCAGCCACAUGCUAGGGCAGCAGCAGAGCUGGGUGGGUGUGACUAAGCACGGCUAUCCCUCCCCGCACGUUUUUGGCCACAUGGUUUCCCACCAGAUGCCGCAGGCGCACUCGGGCCUCCCGCAGCACCACCCCGGCCAAGGCAUCCUCUCGCCCGUGAACGUGAGCCGAGAGCAGCUUCCGUCGAUCGUCACCUUCCAGAUGAUGGCAUCGAGAAACCAGGCACUUCUCAAACCAAACCAGCAGGGGGCCAUGCAGAUGAGUCAAACCCAACCCCAGGGUCUUAACCACAUGCACUGCAGCCCGGAGAUGAUGUAUCCCAUGCAGGAUGCGAGGCUACAACAUGGCAUCCCACACCUUCACAGCCACGCCCAUAACAUGGCAGAGCCUCAGGUGAGACAGGUGACGCCGUACCAUCAGCAGCUACAGAGCCCAGUGGAUAAAUACCCGACUCCUCCCUCGCACCGCAGCUACACCAGCGGCGCCGGGUCCGAGGUGGUGACGACUCCGGGUCAGGGCUCUGAAGUCACAACACCGGGGCAUGGAGCUCCACCUUCUAGCGAGCACCCGUACCUGACUCCGUCGCCCGAGUCACCAGAUCCCUGGUCCUCUUCGUCUUCGCCUCACUCGCAUUCAGACUGGUCUGAUGUAACCACAAGCCCGCACGGCGCUUUGCACACACAUGCGCACCCACACACACAUGCACACACUCACGUUCCAGAACAGGCUUCUCUGCUGCAGCCGCAGCCCUCACAGCCAGCGCAGCCGCCGCAGCAACAGCAGCAACCGUGCAGCAGCGUGUACGCGUAAUAAUCCCCUUUAGUUGUGACUGUGGUGUUCAUUUGCAAAUUACCUCCCUAAAAUGGAGCUUAAUCAGCAUAAAUAUGUCACUUAAAGAUACUCUCUCUCUUUCUCUCUCUCAUACACUCCUCUAUCGUUUUUAUGCACUAUGCAGAAAUUCAUCUGUGGUUCUUUAUGCAAUUUGAAAUCCUCUUACAUGCAGUGAUCCUGAGAACGAAGCGUUCUCGUGAUGCUCAGCGACGUCACGAGUCUGGGAUCUGAAUCGGAUUGUGGGAAGAUGAUGAUCACGUGUGGACUGAAUCAUCUCCGGUUGAUCGUCUGUGGAUUCGUGCUGGAAAAAAAGGAAAAUCAUUUAGCAUGUCCGAUCUUUUGUACUUUGAUCAAACAGAAGUAUUUCAAAUGAAUCUCUAUGUAGACAAUUCAUAUACCUGGCUAUACGUUUAUGUCUAUAUACAAAUAUAUAAUCCUGAUCAAAGUGUAAAAACGGCGUCUGUUGAUGAAUGAAUUACUUCAUCAGCAAAUCGCCCAUGGAAUGGCGUCUGUGGACAAUCGUUUGUUACAAUUAAAGACAAUGAGCUGGACUUAAAGUUUUCAACGUCGUCGCUAUUUUGCUUCAACUUUUUUUUAAGCCUUGAAGGAAAUCAGAUCGCAAAUAAAAUGCAACCACUCAACUUUUAUUGUUUUAUUUUUAUUUUUUAAAGCGGUCUCCAAAGCUUAUAUAUAUAUUGUUUAACAUGGACUUACUAACCAUUGUAAAUGUUUUUUAAAAUGCAAUGGGUCGUUGUUACAUUUGAGCUAAAACUGCCUUUUGUUAUAAAAUGUCGUAUUUUGUAUAAUUUUUUUGGUCCUACACCACUGUGCCCGUCUCCAGGGUCUGUCUAACCGUGACGCAACUCCUUUGUUCAAGUUACAGCAACAAUUCUUGAAGCUUCUGUUUUUUGUAGGUUGUACAGCAGCCUGUUGGCUCGAAUCUAGCCGUCUCGAUGUUACGCGGGCUCUGAUUUACCUUUUUUUUUUUUUUUUUUUUUUUGGUUUCAAUGAUAAAUGCCUUAAGAUUGUGAUUCACUCUUGGAAAAUUUUUGAUAAGCAUGAUUAUAAAUUUUAAAACGUGUUUUGAAAAUAUAUCACUAACUCACUCUGUUCAGGAGAAACUGCCAAAUGUAAAUGUGUGUGUAUAUUGUGUGUGUACUCGGAUAAAGAAAUCCCUCGAUUGUGUUCGUUCGUUCUAGCAAGCGACAAAUCCGCAUGGUUCACUCCAAAAAAAACAAAAACCAGCUUUAAUCCAUGGUUUUACAUUAUCGUCGCCCCUUAGAUUGUCGAUCAGUCAUUUUUGAUUUCGUGAAGCGACCAGGAGUUUAUUUUUUUUUAAACACCUUAAACAAGACUAACACUAUUCAUCAUACACGUGUAUUUCAUGAUUUUUAGAACUAGACCUAGUGUUAUAAAGUGCACUAAUUUUAAUCCCGUAAUGCAUCACUGUGAGAAUCCAAGUUGUCACGUCAUCACGUUACAUAUUUUCCAAAUCUAGAGUUGGGAAUAGUUAGUAGAAAAGCAAUUAAACACUCCAGAGUGACUGUUACCGCUCACAAAAGUGACGUUUUUUUUCAUAUUACAGGACAUACCGAAGAGUUUUAUUCUUCUUGCUACCUUUUUAAAAAACAUUUUUCUUUAUUUAUAGGUACAUUUUAAUGUUGUGUAAACCAUUUUAGCAGCAGGCAGACUUCAUGUUAACGCAAAGCUAAAAAAAAAAAAAAAAACUUCUCUUAAGAACUGUUACAAAGCACUGACACCGGGGACGGAGAGAAAAUUUUUAUUUUGAAUUUGAAACUUCCUCCAUACCCGGCACAUAAACGUCUAUUCACGUCGUCUAAAUCCCUGUCAAUCAGCUGUUACUAUAGAAACACUUGCGCAUCGAUGAAUAUAUACCAAACACCUUGUAAACGUAAUCAGAGCUCCUGUUAUAGGAAACUUAUUAGCACAACCCUCUGACCCAUCAGAACAAAAUGUGAAGAGUUAAACAGGCCACGCCCACAUACCCACAAACCGGAGUGAUGUCAGCAAUUUGUCUCUUUCUAGUGAUGAUCGAAAUUGGACGUCGCCUCACAGCAGAAGUUAGCGUGAGUGAGGAUGUUAUCGUGAAAUCUGUGGUUAGUUUGCUGCGAUGUUUGAGUCAAAUUUUAAUCUAAAAUCAGUGAUAGAAUUAAUCGAUCAGUGAUGAUAAUCCAUGCAGUCUGUUUCAGUAUUUUAUUAGCGAAGGAGAUAAUUCCGACGGUCAUCUUUAAUUUGGUGAAAAAAUAAAAAAUGUAGUCGUAGAUUUUCAACGUGCCUUCAAUUGUACAGUUGCUCAUAAAUAUAAAUAUAUAUAUAUAUAUAUAUGUUUUUGUUCCUUCGAUUUGUUUUUUAUACUAGGUUUUUUUAGUUCUAAAGUUUCCUGUUUUAAAUAAUGUUACUUUUUUUAUACUUCCUGUCUGUCAUUAAAAAACUGCCUUAAUUUUUUAAAUCUAAAUUUUUCUUUGUUUAAGCAAAGCUUUAUAAACCUGAUGAAUACAAUCAUAACUUUGCAGUUUUUACACAUCAUAGCCAUUUAGUAUCCUGAACACCAAAUGACUUUUUUUAUUUUUAUUUUUUUUAAAUAACCAAAAGUAUUUUUUUUUUUAACCAAAUCUGUCUUCCUGGUGAUUGACAUCAUACGCCUUUCAUUUACAGGUUUGUUACAGGUUAUGAUAUCAUCAUUACAUCACACUCACUGAUACAGAAUGUCAUAUCACACUCGACCUCUUUAUAGCACUUAAACACUCAAAUCUCUCUCUUUCUCUCUCUCUCUCUCUCUGCUUCUUGAAUAAUGAUGAUUUGAUCUGAACUCAGAGAGCAGCAUGUGAUACUGUGGGUAAACAUUGUUUUUUUUUCUUCUUCUUUUUUAUAAAUAAGUGCUGUACAUAGAUUUUUAAUGUGUAAUGUACUUCCGCUCUGUUCAUCUAGUACACGCCUACACUGCUGUUGCUAUACAAAGUUUGUAGCCUUUCAUCUUGUUCGUAGAAGGAUGUUUUUUUUUUUCUUGUUUUUUUUGUGUAUACCGAACAAAAUGUGUGUAACUCCAACAAAGCAGACAUGCAGAUGAUGCCAAUAAACAUGAAAUACGCCAUAA